AACCAGUUAGACCGUGUUUGGGCUGCUCAAAAUCUCCAUCAAGAUUUAAAUGGUCAUUGAUCCUGUCUCAUUCAGUGUGAAAACUCCUGUCGUGCUUUCCCAUGCGUUGAUUUUCGAUCCAAGGAGGGUUGAACUACUUUGAACGUAAUGGGGCCUCUGCGAAUUGGGAAUGUGAGGAAACCUAAUGAGACAAUGAGGCUUAUUAUAACCACUUUUGUUGGAGUUGUUCUUGGCUUCUUCAUAGGAAUAUCCUUUCCAACACUUUCAUUAACCAAGAUGAAUCUCCCUUCCAGUCUGUUCCCUUCCAUUGAUCUUACAUACAUAGAGGACAACUACUCCGGACUUUCAACUCAAGCACUAUUUAAUGCUUGGACCUCUCUCAGGGGUAAUAAGGGGUUGCCUGCUCCAUCUUACAAAUUUAAUGAAGAGAAGAUCUGGAUUCCAACAAAUCCACGAGGGGCUGAAAGACUUCCCCCUGGUAUAAUUGAAUCUGAAUCAGAUUUUUAUUUGCGCCGGUUAUGGGGUCAACCUAGUGAGGACUUAACCAUGAAACCAAGGUAUCUUGUAACCUUUACAGUUGGCUAUGCGCAGAAAAACAACAUCAAUAAAGCUGUGGAAAAGUUUUCAGAGAACUUCACCAUUGUGCUGUUUCACUAUGACGGUCAAAUUAGUGAAUGGGAUGAGUUUGAAUGGUCAAAAAAAGCUAUUCACAUUGGUGCUCGGCGGCAGACUAAAUGGUGGUAUGCCAAGCGUUUUCUGCACCCUGACAUUGUCACUUCCUACGACUACAUAUUUAUAUGGGAUGAGGAUCUUGGGGUGGAGAACUUUGACGGAGAAGAGUACAUAGAGCUAGUGAGGAAACAUGGCUUGGAGAUUUCCCAGCCUGGUUUAGAGCCAAAUAGUGGGUUGACAUGGCAAAUGACAAAGAAGAGAGAUGAUACUGAAGUUCACAAGACUACCAACGAAAGACCUGGUUGGUGUACUGAUGCACAUUUGCCACCAUGUGCAGCAUUUGUUGAAAUCAUGGCUACUGUUUUCUCUCGGGAUGCAUGGCGAUGUGUUUGGCAUAUGAUUCAGAAUGACUUGGUUCAUGGAUGGGGUUUAGAUUUUGCUCUUAGAAAAUGUGUUGAGCCUGCACAUGAGAAAAUAGGAGUUGUAGAUGCUCAGUCAGUUGUACAUCAAAGUGUUCCUUCACUUGGGAACCAGGGUAAAGCAGAGAAUGGAAGGGAACCAUGGGAAGGGGUGAGGGAGAGGUGUAGGAAAGAAUGGACAAUGUUUCAAGAUCGAAUGAUCAAUGCAGAGAAAGCAUAUUUUGAGGCAAAGGGAAUAAAUCAUUCCAAUGCGAUGACUCCUUAACAAGUAGAUAAGCCCGUAACACAAACAAGUGGAAUCAAAGAAGCCAUUGCUAAAUUCGAAGUGACUUCUCUUUUAGGUGAUCCAUUGUGACUUAGCAUUAAUUUAUCCAAUCAUUUUGUAAAAGUCACUAACAUGCUUAGAAAUAAUUCUACCAAUGUUAAUAAGAUUAUUCUUUCUGG